AUGGAAGACUAUCAACCCAUGCGCUUUGACUUUUCGGACGAAGACAUCAUGUUUGUCAGAGAUUGGGGUGUUCUAGAAACAGAGAGUGGGCCCGAACCAGGAUCACGAUUAACAGUCGUGUUCGAUGGUGCCUCUAAUGCUCAAGGAAAUGGAAUAGGGGAAAUCAUCACCUACCUAACUAGAUUUCAUCUCCCUUUCACUGCAAGAUUAUGUUUCGAUUGCACCAACAAUAUGGCAGAGUACGAAGCAUGCAUCUUUGGUUUAGAAGCGGUUGUUGACUUAAAGAUCAAGAUCUUGGAAGUCUACGGAGAUUCUGCGUUGGUAAUCAGCCAAAUCAUAGGGGAUUGGGAAUUUCGCGAUCCCAAGUUGGUCCCCUAUAAAGAACAUUCCUCGAAGCUAAUCCCGUAUUUUGAUGAAGUUACAUUCCGUCAUAUUCCCCGAGCAAAAAAUCAGUUGACAAAUGCUUUGGAUACCUUGGCUUCUAUGUUAAAGGUCAAAUGGAAGAAUGAAGCACCUUCUUUCCACAUUGACUACUUGGAUGAACCAGCGUACUAUUUGGCGGCUGAAGAAGAAUCAAACGGUCACCACUGGUUCCAUGAUAUCAAAAAGUAUCUGGAAAAGCAAGAGUAUCCAGAGGAUGCAUACAUUAAGGAUAAGAAGUACCUUCAAAAACUUUCAGAUAAGUUCUUCUUAAGCGGAGAUGUGUUGUACAAGAGAAAUUACGACUCGGUCCUGCUCAGAUGUGUGGAUAGACAUGAAGCAGACUGA